CCCAACUUUUUCAUUCAAUUUUCUAAAUUUACAAAAUGUCUAGAAAAUCCAAUGUAACUAAAAAACAGAGAUCGCCCAGUUUAGCCCAGGAGAUUAGUGAAGAGUUUAUUUGCCUUAGUGAAAUGAAUCCUGAGCCAUUGCCAGGGAAAUUACUCUUGGAACCUGCAACCGUCCUCGCAAAAAAACCCGCCUCAAAGUGGAAGGAACAAGAUGUUAAACCACUUGCUGAUAUUCUUGCUGGAAGAGUAGCUAUAGACGGCACCGGAGAAAACCAACAAGGAGCGCAAGCUCUUGGAAUGAUCAGUGCAGACUUGACGGAAUUUGCUCUUUCUCAUCCAAAAAUUAGAUCGAUCAUUGACCCCAUCUAUGUCAUAGUAGAUCUUACCACCUGCAAAAAUGCUCCACCUAACAUCAAUAAUUAUCCACCGCCUGGCUCUCCCCAUGUCGCUUUAGUUAUUUUUCCAGGAACAAACCACGUUUUUUCAUUCAAUAAUGAAUCUUCCGCACAACACUUUGUAGGUUGGUUACAGGGUUCUACUCCCGGGAUUAGAGUUUUAGUAUUCCACACUGGACACGCAGCAGUAAUUUACUGACGUGAAAUUACAUAAAACCAAUUUUCUAGUUGUAAUGGCAUAAAAUAACUUUUUCUAUAAAAAAAAUUAUAAUUAUAAUUCUGUACUGCUAUUUUAGCUCUUACUAUUUGUCUGUAGUAACUAUAAUAAUAUUACAUCAUAACUAAAGAAAAAUAAA